AUGAAUGUGGGCUACCGGAUACUGGUCCGGGACCAUGGUCCUGUUCAGGACCCGUACUGUUGGUGUGCUGGCUGCCUAUUUUUGAAAGCACGUUAUUCGGUUGUUGAAACCGCGAUUAUGCCCGUUUUAAAUGAGAAGGCGUCUCCUUCAGAUAUAAAAGCCGAACUUAUUGACCUUGUGAGACAAAAAAGAUCGCUUACCGAAACGCUAGCUACCCUCGAAAGGCAGAUAUAUUUAUUUGAAGGUAGCUAUCUCGACGACACUGCGCCCUAUGGAAAUAUAAUCAAAGUGCCUUCAGUGCUAUCGCUGCGAAUGGUCCGCUUGGCAGCAACCGGGGACAAAAUGACAAGCGCUCACAUCACGAAUGGAUAUUUUGACCUGGAAAAAACUAAUACGCCUGCCUCCAAUUCUGCUUAUGAAGAUAAUCAGACCUUUGAACAAUCUGAGCAAACAGAUCUAUCCACAAGGAAUUUUCUUGAAACCCCAGACUCGAAGCCUUACUCUGCUACUCCGACUGGAAAGAAGAAGAGGAAACAUCGUUGA